AUGAUUAUGGAACGGUUAUCGACCAAAGCUUUGCUCUUUGCAGCUCUGCAGAUCACCACCCAAGCUCUCCCUAAUUUUGCUCAAGUCUCACGCUCCAAAACACUCACCACAACAUCUACACCUACACCGACCAUCGUUGGGUUACCAGCAAUCGCGACUAUCACAAAUACGAAUUGUAAUGUCGAAGGCAGCCUCCCCGCAGAAUCAAUACCAUAUCAUAAUGAAAUGAGUUACUAUGAUCCCUUGCAAUGUAUGUACGCCUGCAUGCAAACAACAUUCUGCCAAUCCUAUUCCUGGAAUACGACCGACGCAGCAUUCAACAAUCGCAACUGUUUCCUCUACAGUAGCGCUGGCAUCCCCGGCCUGCCAGUUGUGGCUGGAGAAACUGGUGUAUUCUUCUCGGGGAAAUCAUCUUCGUGUUACAAGGUUGCCCCGCCGAAGAAAAUGACCAGCAAACCCUUCGCCGGGGAGCGCGGAGUCUACGUCAAUACAGCAGUAUCUGACUGUGGCAUCGAAGGAUCUCUUGCAUCCUCCGCGGGGACAUCUCCGCCGGCAAAUUAUAGAUACGAUAGUGUGCUUGAUUGUCAAGCGUUAUGCGAUUCUGAGAACGGUUGCACUUCGUACAGCUGGGACACCAAUACCACAGGCAAUAAUUGCGCGUAUUCUUAUGCCUGGCUUGCUGGACGAAUUGUCCCGGGAAGAACUGGAGUUUAUUGGUCUGAAGGCGCUGAGAAGACUGGGUAUCCAUGUUUCAGCGACAAGCCAGUUGGCGCUUAA